AUGGCAUAUUCAUUAGCCAAUGCAACUACUCACCCAUUGCAAUGCCCUAAACACUUUAUCCUAGUCCAUGGUGCAUGUCAUGGAGCCUGGUGCUGGUACAAGCUCAAGCCCUUGCUCGAAUCCGCUGGCCAUAAAGUAACCGCCAUUGACAUGGCGGCAUCCGGGAUAGACGAAAGGAGAAUUGAGGAAGUAUUGACGUUUGACGAUUAUAAUGCCCCAUUAAUAAAUUUUAUGAAAUCUAUCCCUACCGGACAAAAGGUGGUGCUAGUCGGACACAGCCUAGGAGGAUUAAAUAUAGCCUUUGCUGCUGAUCAAUUCCCGGAGAAGAUCUUUACCAUUGUAUUCCUCACGGCUUUAAUGCCUGAUUUUCGCCAUAAACCGACUUAUGUCCUUGAAAAGUUCUUCGAGAGGACUCCAGCAGACGCGUUGCUUGACACUAAGUUUGAACCCUAUGGUCCACCUAACAAGAAUCUCAACUCAAUUGUUUUUGGACCAAAUAUUUUAGCCAAGAAGCUUUAUCAUUUAUGUCUUCCUGAGGAUCUUGCAUUAGCAUCAUUGAUGGUUAGGCCUUGCCCACAAUUCACCGGGGAGUUAGCAGACGGGAGCAACUACUUGUCUAAGGAAGGCUACGGUAAUGUGCCACGUGUCUACAUCCUUUGCAAGGAGGAUAAAGUGAUACCAAUUGAUUUCCAAUAUUGGAUGAUCGAGAAUGUGGGAGGAGUGAAGGAGGUGAGGAUGAUGGACGGUAUGGAUCACAUGAUCAUGAUAUUUGGUCCUCGUGAUCUAUCACUCCAUUUGCUUGAUAUAGCUGCCGAGUAUGAUUAA